UUGAAGCAGACGACGCUUUUUGGAGGCGGGAACUCCUUACCAAAAUGAAGCGGGCAGUUAGUACUAAACAGUCGAAUGCUGCAUAUUCCAUUUGAACUUUUGAGUUGGAGACAGUAAAGCUGCACGAAUGUGAGACACUGGUAUAUAUUUUAUUAAAAUAUGCGCACCGCGGGCGAAAGCGAUGCACAGUAGCCGGGCUCAGUUGAAAAGCGGCCGGUGGGCGGUACGCGGCAGUGCCGCCGUAGUGUUUCUGUGUUGUUUUUCUCGCAUUUCCGAGUGGUUUGGCAAGCCGAGUUGCUCAGUCUCUCUGCCGCUCAUGCCUCGCCUUCUCGCCCGUCUCUGACCGGCCGCCACGAAAACUUCACUGAAGUUUCCGGGCGAGGAAAGGGACGCCCGUGAGGAAGAGUAAAAACAAAACAACGCGACCGAAACGUCAUUCCGCAUCGCUAGGCCUAACCAACGCUACCCGUCUGCGCUGUGUCGUCUGCCAGGGGUCGUAGCCACGAUCCUCUCCGCGAACGAAAGAAAAGGAGUUCACUGGUCAAAGUCGGCGUGGGCACGGCCGGAGCCGAGGCCGGAGCCCAGGCGCGGGCGAGAGCCCCCUCACCUAUCGAAGCCUGACGUCAUGAAACGCACCAGCGGCGCCGGGGCGGACGACUUUGAUGGCCGGUCGCCAUGAGCAAGCCUCCGAAGACAGCGAGCAAAUGGAUGCCCACCUCCGUGGCGGUGCCCAAGAUACUGACCAUAGCUGAGGAGCUAAGUUGCUCCUGCGGCCAGACCGAGUCGGGCUCGCUGGGAAGCGGAAGGAAGUCGUACUCGAGCCGGUCGCGGAGCUCGGACCCCACGAGACCGGCGGUCGCCACGGGACCCACCCACCGGUACCCGAUCAGCGACUUGGGAUCUGCCAGGAGGAGUGGUGGUGGCGCGGCGGUCGCGCUAGAGGACUUCGACGGCGUCGAGGACAUCUUGGCCGUCAGGUACUCUUCCGUUGUGUCCAGCGCCUCUUGAAGAGCCUGCUCGACUUCUGCGUCGGACCCUCCCGGGCACCACACCGUAAUGUCGUCUGCGUACAGGGCAAGUUGCAGCAAGUACAGGGCUUGAGAGGGUAAGUUUAGUUUUUUAGUCAUUGCCACAGUAUUUCGAAGCGUGCAUUCCCCUAUGUGACGUUCAGAGCGAGUGAAAAGUAGGAAAUAAAAAGAAAGGAAGAAAAAAAAGAGAAAAUAGAGAGAGAGAGAUAGCAAGGACAGGAAAGGCAGGGAGGUCAACCAGAAGAGCACCCGGUUUGCUACCCUACACUGGGGGUGGGAGAAAGGGGAAUAGAAAGAGGAAAAAGGGAGAGAGUGAGCACUGAGUGCGUGCGGGAGGGACACUGUAAAAAGCGGCCGAAGAGCGACUGGCCUGACUUUCGCAACUGAAGUGUCGUACGCGCGGUAAUGACAGUACGGCAGACCUACCGAGCUGCCUUGACGUGUUUCAAAUUACGGGAUGCCCCGAAUGCGAGGCGAUGGUAUGUCACGCCCUCUACGUGUAUACUUUCGGACACCGGCUUGCCCAGUGGCUUGCGCGUUGCUGGACAGCCAUUU